UUGUAUCGAAAUCCGAAGCACACCCACUCGGUCUUCACUUUUAUCUCAUAAGUUGAGUGGAGAUCUUCCAAAAAUGGAAACAUUUUUGCAUCCUAUUGGUUAUAGUCUACUUACCCUUAAAAAGUACCCGUAUCGGCUUCAUCCAUUCCGAAUUUUGAAAUUCAUUGCGUUCAUAUUAUCACUGAUUUUGACUUGUCUUAUGAUAACACCAUUAAUAUUUAACAGCGACUCGUUUUUAUUUGAUGUUCCGAAAGAAGUACCCAUACUUCAGAGUACACAUACUUUUAUUCAUUCUGCAUAUUAUUAUCCUGUUUCUAAAUCACUUGGAAACAAUGCGGUUGCCAUCGUGACCACCAUGAACAAAAGAACCGUCCCAAUAAUCACAGAUUACACAAUAAACAUUCAUGGAAGUCAUAUCAAGAAAAAAGUUGGCAAAGUGGCCACUUUGACAACUGAGCAUUUACUCAACGAUCGAUGCGACUAUUCAUUAGUUCUAAUACAGGCAAAUACAUUGGGAGGCAUGACAAAAUUGGAAAUCGAAUCGGGAGGUGUUACAGUUGAGAUUCCCUUCAAAAGCCCGAAAUAUUCUGCUCCAAAACCUGUUGUUUUCUGUAUUUCUCCACAGUUUGCCGCCGAGCAGUGGCAAACAUUUUUGACUCAACUGCACAUUUCUAAAAGAUAUGGAGCCCAUGUGCAUCUCUACGUGGUAUCCAUGGUGGAGUCCUACUACAAAUUAAUUAAAGAAUAUGAAAAACUGGGACUUGUAUCCAUUGAACCUUGGCUCACGAUCAAAUUUCCCGUAACAGAUGGACCAUAUCUAGAGCCAAAUCGCAAUGUGGAGCUCAGAAAUCAAGCAGCUGCACACACGGAUUGUAUUCUCAUGUAUAAGGAGGCUGUGAGCUUUGUUGGAAUUCUAGACAUGGAUGAUAUACUUAUUCCAAAUAAAGCAAAUUCUUAUUACGAGGAAUUCGAGAGAGAGUACGGCGGCAGUUGGUACAUUAGUGCCUUGCAAUAUGGAAAAGCAGACUUUGAAACUAUAAAAGUCGCCGAACUAGAAGCUCAGAGUAUAUCUGCAAUUGUGAAAAAUGCGCGGAGGCUUCCGACAAAAGAUCAAGGGAAAUCAUUUGUCCGUCCAGAACGAUUCAACUCAUCUUGGUCCCACUACUCCCGGAAUUCGGAUAACAAGCCAAUGUACUGGACACCACACCAAACUGUACCAUUGUCGAUGAGAAAAAAAGCGAUGCAAUAUAAUGGGAUAUUCCAUAUGAAGAAUAUGUAUUUGACUAAUUUGACUAAAGUCAGGGACGGAGCGGUUCCGGUGAAUCCGGGGGAUAAUAUUACACAGCUGAUUAGUGAUCAACAUUUACUGGAAAUUGACAUGGAAAUGAAGAGCAUCCUCACCAGUGAACCAAUUGCGGCACUUUCGGCAACCCUUCCAAAAACGGAUUUCUACAUGCCAAUCAUUUUCAAGUGCUACAAUGACUCAUUCUAUCAUCUCCGUGACACAAAAACUCUCCUGAAUGACGUCACUUGUGUAAAUGCAUUUGAUUGCGAGCUCCCUCAACAGGAAGGAAUGCCGUGUACACAUUCAGAUGCCACGUAUCACUCAGGACCGCCCAUGUUUCCAAUCACAUUCCAUUGGGCGACGGAUGCAUACUUUAGUAGUGAGAUUGGAUGUUAUCAGUAGAAAAUUAAAAGUUAAUUAGAAAUCUCUCUUUUAACUUUUUGAGAAAACGGUCUGAAAAUGUCCUGUUUCUUAUCGUAGAGCUAAAGCCAAUUUUAAAGAAAAAUUAACCAUUUUCACGGUGACCGAACUUCAAUUUUCCAAGGCCACGUAACAAAAGUCUAACGGCAAACAACCUGGACUUUUACACGUGGUCGCGGAAAAUCUAGGCCAACAAAAGUUCGAUUUUCUCAAAUACUGGCUCUGUGAUUUUUCGAUAAUUUCGGACAGUUUUCACAAAAACAUGCUGGUAAAUAUUGCUUUAAAUCGCAAAUUAAUUGAGUUUCUUUUCAUUACAUUUUCCUUGUGAUCCUUUGUUUCAGGUUUUCGUAUUUUCUGCCUUCAUGUUGUAGUUUUGAAUAAAUCAUUCUUGACAAA